AUUUUAAUAGGUUAUGUUUUGUUAUGUAAACUUUAAAGUAAACUAACAGUCUGUAACUUUUACAGUUUUUACCAACUCAUUUAUUUCUCGACAUUAUCAACAAACUUCCUCAAUUAACAAGUGAACAAUUUCCUUCUUAAAAAAUGCCCUCUCCUUUAAUUGACAGAAUUUCUAUUGAAUUGGGCGCCCAAGAACCAUGGCCAAAAGACGUCAAACUCUUCCAACCGUACGAAGUAGAACAAAUUCUCCUCCCUGACAACGCAAACUGCUUAGCGGUUCAAGCUUUUUUGAAAAUGUGCAACUUGGAAUUCCAAGUAGAACCCAGAUCGAACGCUGAAUUCAUGUCUCCUACCGGCAAAGUACCUUUUAUCAAAGCUGGUAGAUUCGUUAUGGCAGAACUAGAAGGAAUCGUGCAAUUUGUCAAUGGAAAAGGCAUUUCUUUAACUGACGGGUUGGACAACGAACAGAAAUCCGAUUUGAGAGCUUACAUGACCUUAGUGAGAAAUGUUAUCGAAAUUGCUGAGCUUUAUAUUUGUUGGAUCGACAGAGAAACAUAUAAUGAAGUUACAAGUGUACGCAAUGGUUCAGUUUAUCCUUGGCCUUUGAAUCACAUACAAAAUCGAGAGAAAAAGAACCAAGUCAUUAAAAAACUAAAAGUACUCGAUUGGUAUAAUAAAACUUUGGAAGAAGUGCAUCAGGAAGUUGAAAGCUGUUGUGAAGCUUUGAGUGUUAGAUUGGAUAAUAAACAAUACUUUUUCAAUGGAGGGCCUACUGAAUUGGAUGCUUUAGUCUUUGGUCAUCUAUUUACCAUUUUAACUACUCCUCUUCCCAGAAACGAUUUGGCUGAAAUUGUAAGAAGAUAUCCUUCCCUUAUUAAUUUGGUAAAGAAAAUUGAAGUGGAAUAUUUCAAGAAGGAUUCUAGGCGCCUGUAAUUUUUAAUAUUGUUAUUAGAAUUUGAGUGAUAAAUUUUAGUGUUUUAAUGUUAAAUAAUUGUUUAUUUUUUGUAAAACCUAUGUUAUACUUAGUAGAAAUAGCAUCUAAUCCACCUACAAGCUAAUACACAGGCUACGUGAAUCACCCUGUAUAUAAUUUCCCUCUCAUCUACAGCAAAUAAUUCCUCAUUCAUUUGAACAUAGAGAUAUAGUCCAGAACAAUUGCUAGCCAGUAACUAGUUUUUUUUUCAACCCCACUUAUCUUGUUAGUACGAUUUAGGUAUUUGGAUACAUAUUUAUUUUUUCAAAAAUCCAUAUGAGAUUUUAGAUUGAGAACUAUUGCCAGAAGGCGUUAAACUUCUUCCACUAUCAAAAGUGAAACAAAUUAUCUUCCCUGUCAAUCUCAAACUCUUGGUAGGUAGUUUGCACCAACACUUUUUGAUCUCAGUUUAAUAAAGGCCAUUUUUCUACUGACAUUUCAUAAUACGCUAUUAAACGAUUAAAAUCUGUAUCAUAAUGAACUUCAUUACGAUACAGAUUUUCAUUAUAAUACUCAUUUUUAAUAUUAUACAAUGUAGAUAGAUGGCAGCACUAGUUAAGAUAUUAAACAUUUUAAACGGUGGUUUUGCCUAAAACAAUUAUUUUGAUAACUAUAAAAAAGACUCCGAAUUGUUUAAAAGUUACCUUAAGUUUGGGACAAAGAAUAAUUAUUAUGGAAAUCAUGAAUGAUAACGAAGAAUUUUUACUUUCUUCAUUAUUAUACAUUGUCAAUAGAUGGCGCCACCAGUUAAAAAAAAUUUGAAUUUUUUUUUUUUGAAUUUUGACAGCACUCUGUUUAUAGCUUUUCCAUGGUAAUUUAGCGAAAAACAAUAAUUUAAUAAACAAAAAUACCUCAAAUUGUUAUUAAAAGUUAAUACCUUAAGUUUGGGAGAAGGCAUUAUUAUGGAAAUAUUGAGCGAUAACAAAGAAUUUUCACUAACACCUCUAGAAAUUACAGAAAGGGCGACAAAUGCAGGUAAUAAUAUACUACCGGACAAGUCCAAGAAAAUUUACCAAAAAUUAUAUGGACAAUUUAUGGAUUGGAAACACCAAAAACACAUUCGUCCUUCUCAGAAAAUGUUUUGAUAGUAUAUUUUGAAGAGUUACAAGAAAAAAUGAAACCUUCAACUGUAUGGACGCAUUACUCAAUUAUAAAAUCCCUAUUCAAAGUUAAGCAUAAUGUUGACAUAUCUAAAUAUCAUCAAGUUUUAUCAAUGGCAGUAGAAAAAAUAGUGUAUGCAACUCUCAUGUAAUGGCCAUUAAUACACUCGCAUGUUAUAUACGAAACUCGCCUGCGGCUCGUUUCGUAUCCUACAACAUGCUCGUGUAUUAAUGGCUAUCAUUACAUGAUCAUUGCAUAAUAUACUAUUUUUUGACUGCAGUUUAAUUUAAACUUAAAUGGUGAUUUUUGGUGCGCAACUUCAAAUGCCAAGUCUGCAUCCGGUUCUACCAUAUUCCUGGCAGCAACUUUAUUGUGGAAUAAUUACAAAGAAAACAAUUUAGUCAGAUGUUGAUGUAGUCAAGCGUUAAACAAUGAGCUUGCAUUCUUCAUACUUCCACAACAAGAAGUCAAAUAAUUCCUCACUCGUGUGGAUGUAAAGGAAUAAUAUUCUUAGGCCCAAACGGGCUCCUAUACUUUAUCCCGACUUCAUUGAAGAUAUCCACUGGAAAUCCCAAAUUGGCAAGAUAAAGUUUGCCAUUAUUAUCCGAGUGGGGUAAAGGUAGCACAGGGAUUAGGGACAACUUUGGAUAGACACCUGGGAUUCCUCCAGAAGGUGGAUCCAAAGCUAAAACUGGUGCUUUAUUUUUAUUAAUCCAACCAGCUAAAGCAGGAUAGCUCUUGGGCGAAUCGGAAUCUUCACCGAGGGCGCAUAUAAUCAGAUCUAUGGUGGAAGGCAAUUCAGGUACAAUGGUAAUUGUUCGGUUUCUUGUUAGCAUAUACAAAGAGAGCUCAUUUUUGAUCGCAGGAGCGUCUAGCGAUACACAAUAUACAAUGGUUCUUACGCCGUGUGAGGCUAGUUGACGAGCAGUGUUUAUAC